AUGUCAGAGAAUAAUUUCCCUCCUCCUGGCUCUCCUUCUGAGAAUAAUUUACCCAAGAACCUUGGGAAUCCUAACACCGAUCUAGUGAAACCCGCAUAUCCCUGGAUUCUCAAUGCUCCUAGAGCGCCCCUUAACCGCAUUUCUAGUUUUCCCACACCUACUUGGUUGGAUGCACCUCGUCAGAAGGAUUCCUCUGCCAUCCACACCUCAAACAGACCUGUAAGACCUUUUGUCCAAUCCAGUGCAGUUGACCCAAUAAAGUAUGUAGCUAAACCAUCUAGUGCACCCCUGCCUUCUGCCCCAGCAUGUGCGAUUGAGCCUGCUGGGACCCAGACUGAUGCAGUGGAGCAUGCUUCAACCUCACCUGCUCCGUCCACCCCUGCUCCGGCCACCCCUGCUCCGGCCACCCCUGCUCCGGCCACCCCUGCUCCGGCCACACAUGCUGCCCCGGAAACCUAUUCUUCUACUUCUCUUGAUCUGGUGGGUUACCUAAAUCUUAUUCCUGUAAUACAUUUUUAG